GCUGCUGGAGGAAGUGACGUCACGUUCUCCUCCGUCUGUGGUCAGCGCCUCGUCACCGGCAGGGGGCGCUGACGUCACCACGACGUCCCCCGUGUUGAACCGUUACCAAGGUGACGGCUAACGCUCCGGGUUCAACUGAGCCGAACCGUCUCCCGGACGACGGGCGGUGUUGUCCGGGGAAAGAUGCAGCGGAGCCUCGGACCGAGAAGGUCCGCGUGUCGGGAGGUCACCGGGGCUCGGGAGGUCGCCGGGGCUCGGGAGGUCACCGGGGCUCGAGAGGUCGCCGGGGCUCGGGAGGUCACCGGGGCUGUGGGCGUGAGAGUCAAGUCGUUGUCAUGGAGACCAGGCGACCCCCUGACCCUGGAGCGGGAGCGUCAGGACGCCGCCCGGGACAAAGUGCUGGAGUUCACCAGGGAACAACGGAGCUGCGACGUCAAGAACUCGUGGCUGCAGCGGUCGGAUCAUCAGUUCCUGAGAAGAACCGUGGACCGACGGGUCCGAGCCGCGGUGGCACAUCGGGAGACUCACGUGGACCAGAGGAGACGCAGGCUGCAGCAGCUGCUGGAGGCGGAGCAGCAACAGCUGCUGCAGGAGAUGGAGCUGACGGAGCCCGAGGAAGAGAAACAGGCCAAGAUGGAGGAACGACUGAAAACACUGAGGGAGAGAAGAGAGAGAGAACGACAGGAGCUGGUGUCGGAGAAGCUGGAGCUGCAGUUCAGGGAUCAGUGUGACGAGCUGCGGAGCGUCGUCUCCAGGCGCCGGGAGCAGGAGGCGUGUCGGGAGCGAGACGCUCAGCUCAGGACGCGACAGGAGCAGCUGCAGCAGCGGAGGGAGGAGGAGCGGCUGUUCCAGGAGCUGUGGGAGGCCGACGGCCGAGCCAAGCAGGACCGGGAGCGGCAACGGGAGGAGGCGCAGCAGCGCGGCAACACGGAGCAGCUGAGCGUCCUCCGGACUCAGGUGGAGGAGGCCGAGAGGCGGAGGCUGACGGAGAAGGAGCUGAAGGAGGAGGAGGAUCGUCUCAUGCUGCAGCAGCUGGAGGAGCAGCUCCUGCAGGAGCAGCAGUCGCAGCAGCAGCAGAAACAUCGCGCUCAGCAGAACCGACGCCGGGAACUGGACCACGACUUCCGGCUGAAGAUGAAGCGUUUGGCCCGAGAGCAGCAGGACGAGCAGCAGCUGGACAUGAGCGUCAUGGAGGAACUGCUGCGCCAGGAAACAGACUGCAAACAGGAAGGAGCUCAGAGGAAGGUGGAGCUGAAGGAGGAGCUGCGACGGUACCGGGAGUUCCUGUGGGAGGAGAAGGAGAAAGUGAGGAGAGCCGAGGAGGAGGCGGAGCUGCUCAUCCAGAACACACUGAAGGAAACCUGGACCAGGAAAGACCAGCAGAACCUUCUGCAGACGGAGGCCCGGAACCGCCUGAGGAACGAAGUCAUGGAGGCUCGACGCCUGCAGAUCCAACACAAAGUGGACAUGAAUGAACAGAAACAACUCAACGAGUCCAGAGAGAGAGAAGAGAUGAACAGAGAGAUGGAGGAGAUGAAGGUGAAGGACGACGAGGAGACCAGACGUAUGAAGCAGGCGUGUGAGCGGUACCAGCUGGACCUCGGGCUGCAGUUGAAGCAGCAGCAGCAGCGUCAGGUGGAGCAGCGAGCUCAGAGUCUAAGGGAGGAGCAGCAGAAUCUGAUCCAGGAGCAGAUCUACCAACAGAAGAUAAACCAGCUCCUGUCCAGACCCUCAUCCUACACCUCCGUCCCUCAUCCCUUCAGGAGAACCAGGUCCGGGUCCAGGUCGCCCACAGACCACAUCAACCUCACAUCUACCUAACACCUCACACCUCAGUCCUCAGUGUGAUCUCCAGAUCUGGACUGGGACCUGACGGACCGACGCUCUGUUGGGACCAAGAUAAUCACAUUUAAUCAAAUUGAAUCUAAUAAAUAAAUAAAUUAA